AUGUCUUCUGGGAACCCCUUCCGCGCCUCCCUCGCCCUCCACCAAGCUCCCCCCUCCCCUGUGCCUCGGACUUCCUUCAUCACUCCCGAGACAGGCAGGCCUGGGGCAGGCGCCCAAGAGGACGAUGACGAUGUGCUUGCCCACGCCGUCUCGCCGCCGCCCAAGACAAAGAAACAUGUUCGCAUAGAAUCCACCGCCAUAGCCAUCCCACUGCAACCGGACAUCCCAAGCCCAGAUGACUCUCCGCGCACGUCUUUUGCUCCACAGCAAACCUCAGGCCAGUAUGCAGGCCAGUAUGCAGGCCCGUCUCCCCCAGCGCCCUCUGCCAGCUACUCGAACAGCUCCCCUGGCGCAUACACGCGAGAGCCUGGUAGAAGCCAUGCAAUGGCUGCACCGGACCACCUGGCAAGCGCGAAUGGCGCCUCGGGGGUGAAUUUUCCAGCCCUCUCUCCGUCAAUAGUCCCGGCGAACCCGUUUGCGAAGACGCUCGCCUCGAUCGAGCCUCAGCAGAGAGCAGGUGGGGAGGACCGGACGUUGGCGGAAGGAGCGACCCCGGGCAACAACAGAGCUUCCCUCGACGUGGAGAGCUUCAAAAACAUGCUCCUGACAGGCAAGCCGUACCCUCAACAGACCAGCCAGACCAGCCAGACCAGCCAGACCAGACAGACCAGACAGACCAGACAGACCAGCCAGACCAGCCAGACCAGCCAGACCAGCCAGAGCUCGCAGCGUCCUGCUGCACCGAGCCCCGCAGGUGCAGCUAUAGUCGAGAGUGGUAGUAGCACAGACGCAUCAUCCAUAUCCCGCCAGUCCCUACUUGAAGCUGCGCACGAGGCGCCGCCCGAGCCUCCGAGGACCUCACACGACAUGGCACGCUCGGAUGACGACGAGGCGCCCGGUCUUACGCCAGAGAGGACCAGGUCUAAGAGGAAGCCACCGCCUGCGCCGGCACACCGCCAUGGCAAGCUCGUGUCGCCACGACUACCGCAGACCGUAUCCUUUGACAGCUUUGCGGUCUCAGAAACUGCCCCUCCGCCAGUCACCAGGUCUCGAAAUACGUCGGACGCGAACAAGCCGCUCCCGCCGACUCCCGUACUGUCAUCACCCCUGCAUAUUGAUACCCCAGAGAAAAGUCGAGACAACACAUCACCACCAACGGAAAGGCUCGACGAGUCGUUGAGUCGGUCGAGCUCUCUACAGAAGAAGAGAGCCCCUCCUCCGGUUCCUCUGGCGCGCCGACAGAGCCAGCUACGACAUUCGUCCGCGGACCAUAGAUCGCGGAGCAGCUCUUCUCUAACGCUGUCGUCACAGCAGUCCCUCGAAGUCCCUGGUCCUGCGGUGGUUCCCACACCUGGCGAGAUUGCAAGCAAUGCUACCAUGACAGCCAGCCUGAAAUCACCGCCGCCUCCACCUCCAUCUAGGCAUGGGGCACGACUGUCAGAUAUCGGCGCGUCAAGCGCAAACUCAUCCUCGACGGAACCACUCCAACGUUCGACCUCUGUGCGGACCACAAGCUCGUCACACGGCCCAUCUUCGCGCAGGAGCACCCUAGACGGCGAGCCACCGUUGGCUGAAGCCGGCAUGAACCGCACAUCGUCAACGGCGUCGAAACGCAACAGUGUCCGCCUCGCAUCGAGCGACAGCACAGGCAGCGUAAUGCCUCCCCCACCGCCCCCGCCGCGGCGUCGCCCAGGAUCCGGGCGGUCCAGUCUCGAUCAGCAGCGUCCCUUGAUCCCCUCCUCGUCCCCCACGGAGAGCCGGCGAACAAGUACGGAGCACCGGCACACGAGCACCGAUCUGCGGCGCACGAGCUUGGACAUGAACCGACGAAGCAGUGGCGCGAGCGAGCACUCGCUGCGGCACGAAUACGCGCCGGCCGAAGACAAGGCCGGGAACGAGUACGCGCUGUACUCGCCGCGGGAAGAAGCCGAGGACGGUCUUGCAGCAGGGGGGUCAGCCACGGCAGCGGCGCGGGGUGGUGCAGGCGAGGGCAGGAAGGACUCGAACAAUAUUCUAGACGACAUGGAGAAGUUCCAGCGUGAGAUUGACGAGCUGCGCAAUCGGUACAAGCAAGCGGGAUAG